GGUUUGCGGUUUGUGAUUGGUGAUGGUGGCGGCGGCUCGACCGCUUCCGGCGGUGGCGGGCGCGUGCGGCGACCGUUGCUCAUUCGAAAUCGUGAAGGGGACGCGAGGCGACGGCGGCUCCGGGACCUGACUCACCGGCGCCAGCUCGGCGACCACCGUCCACUCCAGUAUCCGUCUGUGCCGCCGCCGGCACCACCGACUCACGGCUGCUGCUGAUUUUGCUGCUACUCGGCGCGGGGAGCGAGUAAGUGAAGCGGAGAGGAGAGGCACCAAGAGGGAGCGAGCAAGUGAGCGACGGGGCGAGCCGAGCCGAGCCGGCGGCGGGCUGCGACCAUGAGUGAACAAAGUAUAUGCCAGGCGCGUGCUGCUGUCAUGGUAUAUGACGAUGGCAAUAAGAAGUGGGUACCAGCUGGAGGAGCAACUGGAUUCAGUAGAGUACAUAUUUACCAUCACACAGGCAACAACACGUUCCGAGUGGUGGGGAGGAAAAUUCAGGACCAUCAGGUUGUGAUAAACUGUGCCAUUCCCAAAGGGCUGAAGUACAACCAGGCUACACAAACCUUUCAUCAGUGGCGAGAUGCCAGGCAGGUGUACGGCCUAAACUUUGGCAGCAAAGAAGAUGCCAAUGUUUUUGCAAGUGCCAUGAUGCAUGCCCUGGAAGUGCUCAAUUCGCAGGAUGCAGGUCCAACAUUGUCCAGACAGAACUCUCAGCUAUUCCCACAAAUACAGAAUGGACCGUGUCAGGAGGAGCUGGAGAUUCAGAGACGGCAAUUGCAGGAGCAGCAACGGCAGAAGGAGCUGGAGAGAGAGCGGCUGGAGCGUGAGCGCUUGGAACGUGAACAAUUGGAGAGAGAACGACUUGAACAGGAACAGAUGGAAUGUGAGAAGCAAGAGAGAGAGAAACACGAACGCAUGGAGCAGGAAAGACUGGAACGGGAAAGGCAAGAACAAGAGGACCUGGAACUAGAACGACAAAGAGAACGACAGGACCAGCUUGAGAGAGAGCAGAUCGAGUGGGAAAUGGAGCGACGGAUGUCAUCUGUGGCCUCAUCUUUCGAAUACAACACUCCACCUCCAGAAUACAGCAGCUGUCAACCCCCAUCAAUCCCCCCUCCACCUUACACAAAAGCUGUUUCUGUAGCUGCCAUCUCAUCCUGUAACCCCCCCUCAUCAGAUUCUCUCUCAGAGUACGCAACUCUUGCCUCCUCCAACUCCACCCCACCCACCCCUCCUUUGCGCCACUCAGCAUCUCGCUUUGCCACUUCCCUGGGUUCUGCCUUCCACCCUGUCCUGCCCCAUUAUGCAACUGUUCCACGUCCUGUUCACAGAACGCCUGGACCGCCGUCUCCAGUCAGUGCUCCUCCAUCUCUUCCCUCUGCCCCCAAGCCAGUGGUCUGGCCUGCCACAAAUUUUUCUCCUCUCCCACCUUCCCCGCCUGUGGUAAUCAGUAGUCCGCCUGCAAAGGCCACGGGUCCUCGUCCAGUUCUUCCCAUUCCGACUCCCAUACAACUCCAGAAACCACCAUCACCUUCUGUCAUUAACGGCCCACCGGAGAUUCCACUCCAGCACAGCCCAAGUGCUGCUCCAGCUAAUCUCCCACCACCACCCCCUCCCCGUCCCCCCUCUCACCUGCCCCUCUCACAAACAUCUCACACCACUUCUGUCUCAUCAAACAUCAUUGUUCCAGUGUCUCAACCUCCUGUACCCCUUUCUCCUUGUGCAAUCACCCCGACUUCCCCCAAGCUGCCUGCCUCUGCUGAGAACUCUUUUUCUGGGCUGGGAGACUGCUCGGCUCCUGAGCCAAACACCCAGGCACCCCCUCAGCUGGCUGAACCUACAGUUUCACAGGAUACAAUGGUACAGAAUCAGAAUGUUCCACUUCCAUUAGGUAUUGUUCCAGCAAAUGAAAGUUUCCAGGGGCCACCAGCCCCUCCACCUGCGCCUCCUCUUCCUCCGGGACCAUCGCAAUCAGCAGCACCUCCAGUGUCAGGACCACCAUUGCCACCAGGCCCACCGCCUGCACCUCCGUUGCCUGGAGCAGGCCCUCCCCCUCCCCCUCCACCCCCUCUUCCCGGCCAGGCAGCACCUCCUGCUCCAGCUCUCCCUCCAGCCCCACCUCUCCCCUCCUCCACCCUUCUAUCGGCUGAGGCUGAGGAUGAUCGCCCACUGACUGGACUGGCGGCUGCUCUGGCUGGAGCUAAACUCAGAAAAGUGGGAAGGGCUGAAGAGGCCUCAAGUUGCGUGGUCAGCGUUGGUUCAGUCCCGAAAUCGGAUUCCUCGCGAGGUAAUGGAGCCCCAAUUUCUAUAGGAGGGACUGGUCUGAUGGAAGAAAUGAGUGCCCUGCUGGCCAGGAGGAGAAGAAUUGCUGAGAAGGGUUCGUUUCCUGAGCCAGACCCUAAAGAUGACAGGAAUGAGGAUUCAGAUUCUUCGAGCGUGAAAGGGCCCACAGCAUCGAGCGUGUCUGAGACGACCAGAAAGCCUUGGGAACGAACAAGUACAGUAAAUGGCAACAAAUCACCAGUAAUUUCCAGACGAGAUUCUCCGAGGAAAAAUCAGCUGAUCUCUGACAAGUUCAAUGACACACUGAACAGAAGCAAAUCCACACCAAGUGGACCACCAAACACAAACGGUGUCCAAGCGGAAAUCUUCGAUUACGACAGAUUAAAACAGGAUAUCUUGGAAGAAAUGAGGAAGGAGCUUCAGAAGCUAAAGGAGGAACUUAUUGAUGCAAUCAGACAGGAGCUGAGCAAGUCCAACACUGCAUAGAAGACAUGCUGAAUGAAACCGGCCCUUCUAUUUCUAAUGUGACGACUGAUGACAGUGAGAGGGUGAUGAGAAAAUGACAAAGACCCAGUGAGGAUGGGGGGAGCAGGUGGGAGGGAAAGAGGGGGGAGACCCUCCUCGUGCUGCACUCUGAGAUUUUGCGGGCAGCCUCAUGCCGUCGUGCUUUUCUUUUUGUUCCCCUCACUGCUUGCCGCUUUUUCUAACUAUGUUCUUGAAGGAAGAGAGUCUUAAAGUUAUUGUAAUAUUAUGCAAAGAUUCUAAUGUCCGACAAAACCGAAUCACAGUGUCUGGAAAGUCACAUCAAUUGAAAGAAAAAUUUGCACAACAGUUGUGUUUCUUUUAGUUUUUCCUCUAGGAGGUGGGUUAUAGUUUGAGCACAGAUCUUGGAGACAGUGAACUAUAGAGAUCAGUUUGUGCUGCGCUUCCCAGGAAUGGCACAGUUUCUACAUAUAGGAAGAUUCAAAGUGGGAAUGUGCGCCAUAGUGAGAGUGUCCUGGGAUUAUCUGUUAUUUUUCUACUAUUCAAACCAAUGGCAGAUCACAGGUUGUAAGGAUACAGAGAUGCCUUCCUUAGUUUAUUGUGAUGAUGCUUUACCAAAUCGAAGACUUAUCUAUCAAUCCAAUCAAUGAUGUCAGUUCUCAGUGCAGUGUCUGUAAUUGUUCCUUCCCUGCGUUUUGUGCAUGUUGAGAUGUAGUUCUUUUUAAUUAUCAAAAUCGGCUGUGAACUGGUCUUUUUUCCCCAUUUUACCAAGCAAUACUCAGUCAUGUUAAGUUGCCAUCUGGUUGCCUUUACGUAUCUGGGUUGAAGGAGAGGUUGGGACGAGCAUUCAACUACUCUGUGAGCCGUGUGGCAGCCAUCUGUGUAUUGUAAUAAUAAGUUCACAUCCAUCACAUUUCUCCAGAUCUUAUAAUCCUGGAAAAGAUGCUCUUCCAGAAUGUCUAUGGUGCAGUUGUUGUUCAUUUCCUCAUGUUUUAACAAGAAGAUGUAUUCCGAAGCAAAGUGGAGAUGAUAGAGGCUGCCAGUAUAGGGAGAAUCUUAACCCUAGUCUGUAGGUUUGAGUCCUGAACUUUGGCUUUAUGUAAAAAGCCGAUAGCUACAAGUGGAGGCGGUGCCAAUCUCACCACCUCAACUCGCUUCUUGCUCCCAAGACCGCACCUCCUUCCGCGGUCCAGUUCUUCAACCAGUUUAAAGAAUUGUGGCUGCUUUGUUUGACCUCAUGCAGCGGUGUUACCUCUGGGAUGUCAGAUGGCAUUUGAGCUGGUGAGCGGUCUUUGACUUGGUAUUUCUCAAAAGGUGAACUUUCCCAAAAUUGGUGGUUGGAGUAGGAUGUGGCUGUGUGGCGUGGGUUACAGAGGAUGUAGCACCACUAAAGCCACUCUUUACCAACCCGUCACCCACAUUGUACAUGCUGUAGUUACCUAGUCUACCUUGGGACUUUGGAUCCACACACGUUAUUAGACCAGCAGAAAUUGUGCCUCCUGAGCAGGAGAGUAUCAUUCCAUCUCUCGGGGCUCUGCCACCAGUGAGGAGCGAAGUGUUUUCAGUCUUUAUCUAGUGUGAGCUUCUUGCUUCCUCGGUUGCAGUGGCAAUGCACAGCUCAUCUUGUUGCACUCCUUUGAAACGGGUGCCUUUCCACCAACUCCUGCCAGUUUGGACAGGACCAGCACCAGAGAGCAGCAGCUAGCACUGAUGCAGGGAUCUAGGAUUCCAGGUCCUGUAAAUCAAGAACUUUCUGAAACAUAUCCUUUCUGUCAACACCUUGGCUUGCCUGCAGGUCUAUAUACCUUAAUUAAUCUCCCCUCACCUUGGGGUGUGUGCCUGCUUCCAGAACUUGAUUAUACUUGCCAAACAAUGGAAUGGAUGUCUCCAAAAUUAACCUGCUUCAAGAAUAUUUGUAGAUGUGGGAAUCAUGAACAGGAUUCUUUUUGUUUAAAUUCUCCCAACUAGUAUUGCAGAUUGAAAUUCAAUAUCAUGUAUAUAUGGUUUCAAAGUUGUCAACGUUCUUCAUCAUUUACAAUAUCAGCUAAUUUCUGGAGCAAAAUCAAUUAAACUUCAGUGAUAUUAGUUUAUCAAAUCUUUUUCUAUGUUGGAGGCCUUGAGGCCUCCGAUCGUCACCAAGUAGAUAAUAGUUCCCAGCCCUAGUCAGCUGUUGUACUGGGGUAAUAAUUGUAUCUCCGUGAUCUAGGUAAUGUGGAACCCAAUGCGAUUAGUUGAAAGUUCUACAAAAUGUUACUGUUAGAUAGUGAUUGUUGUAGAGAAGCUGAGAGUUCUUCACUUUGGUAGAAUGAUCAUAGGCACUUUUUUUACAAAGUGGUUAUGAAAGCUUUGUCACUGUGAUCUAUAGAGGGAUAAAGAUCCUGUUAUAUCGCACAUAUAUACUGUCAGUGCAAAAUAGUUACAAUGUUUUUAAUAGGGUGAGUGUUUUCCUUUAAAAUAUUUAUUGUUUUUUUGUCCAGCAUCAAUACGCAAAUAAAUCACAAGGAAAUUGUGAUAAAAAUUAGUAUUGGGGUUGUAACCUUGUAUACUUGCCUUGCCUUUUCACUCUUUCCCCCGUAAAAAGCAAAGGGGAUGGGCCUGAUCGCAAUCUUGUCCACCCAGAGCCAGGACCAGUUACACACUGUGCACAAUCAUAUGUCCUACCACUGUGAGAAAUGGCACAUCUAGGUUCAGCUAAUGUUCAAUGAAUACAGCAUGAAGUGACUUCUUAUCCCACUGGUUAAUAUCUUAAAGACUCGAGAGUGUUUCCACAGCUCUCAGCUAUCUGAUCCAGCACUUGUAACAAGAGUGCUGUAAUCUAAAAUCCCCCUUUGAGGAUGACCUAGGGUCAAACACACUGACCAAGUUAGACUUUUUAUAGCAGGACAUCACGUCUAAGAUGAGGGGGCUGUUUUAUUGCACACUCAGCAUUCGAUCUAUUAAUGUAGAAAUGGGCUUCAAAAUGGUUCGAAGUUAGGUGGGAGCUAGCAUUUAUUUUAAACAAAUCAUGUUGCUGAGUGACUAAAGUAAUGUGAGGAGAUAUUGGUUUGUCUUCCACAGCUGCUGUCUCCUGUACUGUAGUAUUGUCAACUGUUUGACGACUACAAUGCAUGGAGAUACAGAAACAAAGAAUUGCAGGUGCUGGUUUAGCAAAGAAGACAGAAUGUAGAGUAGCCCAACGGUAAAGGCAACAUCUCAGGAGAACAUGGAUAGGUGACGUUUUGGAUCGUGACCCUUCUUCAGAUGCACAGAGAUAUGUUCCGUUGGAUCAGUUCUGUGCUCUCCUUGGUGUGGAAUGAGGAACUAUGUGAAGUUACUUCAAGUGUUAACCAGGCUUUAAUGUUUAAGUAACAUUUUAAAGGUACUAAUGUAAAUGGUUUACAUGGAACAUACUUGAAUCUUGUGGUUGUAUAUUCAGUUGCGGAAAUGAACUUCUCAGAACCAGUCCGGCCGCAGAGAAUGUCCCGUUGACAGCUGACUGACUGUAAAGUGAGCACUGAUGGAUUACACCAUUCCAACAGGAUGCUCCCAUUUUAGUGCCUGGGAAAUUUGUUUUAUCCUUUCAUUUAAGAUUUUCUGCUGCUCAUUUUUUAAAUAAAAAUCUAACACCCUCAUAAAAAUGUCAUUAAUGCAAGUAUCUUUAAAAGAAAAACUGACUGAAUGGGAACGGACAAGUCCUUGCACCCCAAUGUUUAGACCAUCUUGAUAUUUGUUUAAGAUAUUCUCAGAUCAAUUUUCUAAGUGGGGUCUUACUCGAAAAAAAAUGAGAAUAUAGUCUUACUGCAGGAAGAACAGAGACAGUAGCAGGUACCUGGAAAUUGCACCAUUCACAGUCCAUUUUGUUGGGCCAAUGUCAAGCUCCAGGUCCUCUGGUUUCCUUUACGUAUGUUUAGUGCCCUCUGUCUCUCCCAGAGCACGGAUCUCAAUGCUCGCUGUUGAGUUCUCCAAGACACUAACUGAGCUCAGUGCUUGCUGUGGAGAUGAUCAUGGGCAUUCAGUAAGUCCUUUGUCUCUGGUUCCUAAGGGUAAGUUUGUGGCUGCUUGUUACUAAGCUGUUGAGUUGCCUGUGGACAAUCACAUGGUUUCUUUGAUGCUUAUUGUUUGUAAUGACACAUUAGCCUUUACUGGAUCGGGGUAUGUUGUGGAGUUAGUCUACUGUGCCUGUAUUUGUUUAAAAUGUGUCUUCUGAUUAUAUGAGCUUUCACAAUGGUUGCUACCUGCUCGAUAACCAGAGAGGAGUGAAAACAAUCAGCAUUUAAAUGUGAUUUUUUAAAAAAUAUAUGCAAAAUGAAAUGCAUUGAAAAUAUUGUAGCUAAUUUGCAGUAAAGCAUUCGAAGCUGCAGUACAGAAUGACUUAAGUAAAAUAUACAAAAUCAACAGGGUAUGUUUACACAGAUUAGAAUGAAGGAUUAAAGUGAGUAUAUUUCAUUUUCUCAUCCCAGUUCGUGCCUAGCAGCACGGUGAAGAAGUGGAGACGGUUGUUUUUCAUAAAAUCGGAAAACACUUUCAAGUGUUUACUUGACCCUGGCAUUGUAUCAUGAUGAUGAUGAAUAGAAGUUCACUUUCCCCAUAACACUAACACCCAGUGCCACAAUCUGAGCUGUAUGAACAAAACAGUGCCUGUUGUGGAAAGGACUUUGCUUCUCUCUAUAUCUCUUGUAAUCAAAUGAAGUUCUGUAAAAGUGUUGAUGCUGGAACGUGACUUGAGCCUCUCUUGUCUUCAGAUGUUCAUUCUGUGUGAGUAAGGAUUUUGCAAUUGCAUUUUGCCUUUAGAUUUUGUGCGGGUAAAUGAUAAUUAAAACAGGCUAAUAAACCGGUAGAGAUGGAACUACAUUUGCAUAGAUCUUCCUUCUCUUGAGUGAAAGUUGUGGAAUUUUCAGGGUUACAAGGUGGGGAAAAUGAUAGAUCAGCUGUGACUUGAGGGAUUGCAAGUGUCAGAAUUACAGAGACCAAGACUGCAGUGACAGCUAUGGUGUUCAGUCUCCACUGCAGACCUCCAGUUUGUGGGAGUAUAGAGCCCAGUGCUAGCCUGUGUGGUAGCAGGACUGCAUUAUGCUGCAGGUUAUAAAUGUGAGCGUCAGGUAGGAUUGCUUCAGUUGUGCGGUGAAUCUAAGGGUUGUCUCCAGCCACAAAACAAUGUUAUCUGCUCUCUCUUCCUCAUCUCCAAUGUGAUUGGAUUUAUUAUGUAUUUCUGAUUUUCGACUGCCAAAUUGAUUUGCACAGAUGUCCAUAGUUAACGCUCUUGUCAGAAGAGUUCAAGGUUGUUUCUUGUACUGGUGAAAUGAAGAAAAUGUAUCAACAGAUUUCACAUUUUCAUGCUUUUGAAUCAGUUCUUAGAUUUACAAUUCUGUUUGUAUCAUGUUAUGUUACAUUUUAAAAUUUCUUAAGUGCUAAUUUUUUUGAGCGAAUGGAAUAAAAUUCAACAUUAGAUCUU